CAGUCACAGUCACAGCCACCAUGCCAGGGAGGACCUGGGAGCUGUGCCUGCUACUGCUGCUGGGGCUGGGACCGGGGUCCCAGGAGGCCCUACCCCCACCCUGUGAGAGUGAGAUUUACUGCCACGGGGAGCUCCUAAACCAAGUUCAAAUGGCCAAGCUCUACCAGGAUGACAAGCAGUUUGUGGACAUGCCACUGUCUAUAGCUCCAGAACAAGUCCUGCAGACCUUCACUGAGCUGUCCAGGGACCACAAUCACAGCAUCCCCAGGGAGCAGCUGCAGGCGUUUGUCCACAAACACUUCCAGGCCAAGGGGCAGGAGCUGCAGCCCUGGACCCCUGCAGACUGGAAAGACAGCCCCCAGUUCCUGCAGAAGAUUUCAGAUGCCAAACUGCGUGCCUGGGCAGGGCAGCUGCACCAGCUCUGGAAGAAGCUGGGGAAGAAGAUGAAGCCAGAGGUUCUCAGCCACCCUGAGCGGUUCUCUCUCAUCUACUCAGAACAUCCCUUCAUUGUGCCUGGUGGUCGCUUUGUUGAGUUCUACUACUGGGACUCCUACUGGGUCAUGGAGGGUCUGCUCCUCUCGGAGAUGGCUGAGACGGUGAAGGGCAUGCUGCAGAACUUCUUGGACCUGGUGAAAACCUAUGGGCAUGUCCCCAAUGGCGGGCGCGUGUACUACCUGCAGCGGAGCCAGCCCCCACUCUUGACCCUCAUGAUGGAUUGCUACUUGACUCACACCAAUGACACCGCCUUUCUACAGGAAAACAUUGAAACGCUAGCCUUGGAAUUGGACUUUUGGACCAAGAACAGGACUGUCUCUGUGAGCUUGGAGGGAAAGAACUACCUCCUGAAUCGCUAUUAUGUCCCUUACGGGGGACCCAGGCCUGAGUCCUACAGCAAAGAUGUGGAGUUGAGUGACACCUUGCCAGAAGGAGACCGGGAGGCUCUGUGGGCUGAGCUCAAGGCUGGGGCUGAGUCUGGCUGGGACUUCUCUUCACGCUGGCUCAUUGGAGGCCCAAACCCCAACUCGCUUAGCGGCAUCCGAACAAGCAAACUGGUGCCUGUUGACCUGAAUGCCUUCCUAUGCCAAGCAGAGGAGCUGAUGAACAACUUCUAUUCCAGGCUGGGGAACGACUCCCAGGCCACGAAGUACAGAAUCCUGCGGUCGCAGCGCUUGGCCGCCCUGAACACAGUCCUGUGGGAUGAGCAGACCGGAGCCUGGUUCGAUUACAACCUUGAGAAGAAGAAGAAGAACCGGGAGUUUUACCCAUCCAACCUCACUCCACUCUGGGCCGGGUGUUUCUCUGACCCUGGCGUGGCGGACAAGGCUCUGAAAUACCUGGAGGACAACCGGAUCCUGACUUACCAGUAUGGGAUCCCGACCUCUCUCCAGAAGACAGGCCAGCAGUGGGAUUUCCCCAAUGCCUGGGCCCCCCUGCAGGACCUGGUCAUCAGAGGCCUGGCCAAGGCACCUUUACGUUGGGCCCAGGAAGUGGCUUUCCAGCUGGCUCAGAAUUGGAUCCGAACCAACUUUGAUGUCUACUCGCAGAAGUCAGCCAUGUAUGAGAAGUAUGACGUCAGCAAUGGUGGACAGCCCGGUGGGGGAGGAGAAUAUGAAGUUCAGGAGGGAUUUGGCUGGACGAAUGGCGUGGUCCUAAUGCUGCUGGACCGCUAUGGUGACCGGCUGACCUCAGGGGCCAAGCUGGCUUUCCUGGAGCCCCACUGCCUGGCGGCCACCCUUCUGCCCAGCCUCCUGCUCAGCCUCCUGCCACGGUGACAGCCCUCCCCUCCUCACCUGGCCCCAGCUCCUGCCCCAUUAAACCUCUG